UGUGUGUGGGUUUUUUUGUUUUGUUUGUUUGUCAUUUUUUAAAAUUGAAGUUGAUUCCGAUUCUUGUGAUUUUACCCGGAAUUACCGCUCGAACCAACGGGCGAGGUUGCUUCCUGGUUUAGAAGAAAACGGGAAAGGAAAACAUGACACUUAAAGCAAAUAGGUGUUAUUACUAGGGGCGACAGCAAGACUCGCAAUGUCUUUUAAUGUUUGGAAAUGUAUAUUCUUCAUUCUCGCUUUCUCAGGACUAAUAGUACUGCUGCGCAACUUCACUUAUGGAGAGAGUUGGAAGUACCGAAUAUUGUCCAACCUUCAGAACCAGAUCCAGUCAUCAAACCUCUCUGGAAACCUCCAAAUGUUUUACUACAAUUCCCCCUUCUGUCAACAUCUGGGCCAGUCAUUGUCCCCUGUGGAAGAGCUUGAAAACCAGGACUUGUUUAACUCCGUUGACUGGCCCCACUCAAAAUUUGGCUCCAGACCACACAACCUGUCCCAGACAAGUGACCCAGCACACAGCUUUUUUACAAUUGUGCCCUCCAAAAAAGACAAAAGUUGGUACGUGGGUGACCAGUUGGAAGUGCUGGUCCAUAUGCACGACUUCGAAGGCCAACCCAAGAGAUACGGCGGCGAUUUAUUGUUGACUCGGUUGCAUUCUCCAAAAUACAGGGCUGGAGUGGCCGGGCAGGUGCUGGAUCACAAAAAUGGACUAUAUUCAGCUUAUUUCUCACUGCUCUGGGAGGGCUCGGCUCAGGUGGAGGUCAUGAUGGUGCACUCAAGUGAAGCUGUUGCUGUGCUGGACCAGCUGACUGAUAAAAAGCCCGAUCGGGCGAUCUUUGUCAGCCUCUUUCGUCGAGACCUUAAUACUUCUGAGACGACAGUGUGCAAUAUUUGCCUGCCACAACACCAGGGGCCACUGUGCAACUACACAGACCUUCACUCUGGUGAGCCGUGGUACUGCUACAAGCCGAAAAUGCUUGGCUGCGACACCAGAAUCAACCAUGCCAAGGGAGGCUACCUUAAAAACGUCAUCACCACAGAGGAAGCUUUGCUCUUUCAGAGCGACGUGAACAUCAAAGUUCAUAUCCACUCUUCUUCAAUGAACACCAUCAACGUACUGCCUUCGAGGAAAGAAAACAGCAAUGAAAAGCUGGACCAUGUGAAGCUGGCAACAUCUGGGUACUACUACCAGGACUUGUGGAGGCCAUUAUUAGGUGGCAUCACCAUGCGUCAGUUUGACAAGGUGUCCAGCUCUCGGUGCUUGAGCAACAAGUUAGUCUACAUGUAUGGUGACUCCACGAUGCGUCAGUGGUACGAGUAUCUUGUACGUUUGGUUCCAGAGAUGAAGGAAUUCAACCUGCACACUCCUGCCAAAGCAGGGCCCCUUAUGGCAGUAGAGAGCAAUAACAACAUUAUGAUGCACUAUCGCUCCCAUGGGCCACCUAUCUUAUACACCCCUGUCGCAGUCAGCGAGUUGCAUUACAUCGCAAACGAGCUGGAUGGCCUGAGUGGUGGUCCCAACACAGUGGUGGCAAUCAGCAUCUGGGCUCAUUUCACCACCUUCCCCAUGGAGGUGUACAUACGUCGUCUCAGGAAUAUCCGGAAGGCUGUGGUGCGACUCUUGGACCGGGCGCCAGGAACGUUGGUGGUGGUCCGUACGCCCAACCCUAGGGAGCUGGGGCAAGACAAAAGUCUGUACCACAGCGACUGGUUUUCACUGCAUCAAAACGUUGUGCUGCGCAGCAUGUUCAAGGAUAUUAAUGUAUUGCUAGUGGACGCAUGGCAGAUGUGCGUGGCACACCACGAACCUCACAACAUACACCCUCCCAAGGCUAUUGUCAAGAACAUGGUUAACAUGAUGUUGUCCUAUAUUUGUCGUGACGGAACAAGAAAAAAUUGAUGAUUGAACUUGGACGUAUGGGAAGAGGCAUUUCGAAAAAUGCAAUUUUGGGAGAUUAAAAAAUAAAAUGCCACAAUAUGAAAAUGUCACAAAACUGGGUUUCAUCAGCUUUAUGUACGUAUUUUUCUAUAUUGUACAAUUUGAAAUAUAUAGUAUUGGUAAAUAUGUUUUCCAUUAUGUAUGAUUACAAUAAAAAAUUAACCUAAACAAGCUUUUUAUGAUGUUUUGCAAAUGACAUUUUGAGUUUAACUAUGGAGUUGGAAUCAUGCCAAAACUAAAAAGAAAAUAAGCGUGCUUUGCAAAUGAAAAGUGUCAUUCAAUAAAAGACAAUGGUGGGCUCUGCAAAUAAAAACAAUCAUUGAAAAGAGAAAUAAGUGCAGUUUGCAAAUGAAAUGUGUGAUUCAAAAAAGAAAAAAGUUUGGUUUGCAAAUAACAACAAUCACUCGGUACUUUCUCUUGCGGAAUAUAAUGCUUUGUCUUGCGUAUCAAACUGUUUUCUUUUUUCACUCAGCCUAGACCAGGGGUUGGCAACUCCAAACGUUAAAAGAGCUAUAUUGGACGAUAAAACAAAUAUGUCUGGAGCCGCAAAAAAUUAAAAGGCUUAUAACGAAGGCAACACAAGCUAUAUGUACACUGCUGGCCAAAAGUAUUGGCACCCCUGCAAUUCUGUCAGAUAAUACUCAAUUUCUUCCAGAAAAUGAUUGCAAUUACAAAGGCUUUGGAAGUGAUAUCUUCAUUUAUUUUGCUUGCAAUGAAGAAACACAAAAGAGAAUGAAAAAAAAUUAAAUCAUUAUCAUUUUACACAAAAAUCCAAAAAUAUGCCGGACAAAAGUAUUGGCAGCCUUUGAAAAAUGAUGAGAUGCUUCUCUAAUUUGUGUAAUUAACAGCACCUGUUACUUACCUGUGGCACAUAACAGGUGGUGGCAAUAACUAAAUCGCCACUUGCAGCCAAUUAAAAUGGAUUGAAGUUGACUCAACCUCUGCCCUGUGUCCUUGUGUUUACAACAUUGAGCAUGGAGAAAAGAAAGAAGACCAAAGAACUGUCUGAGGACUUGAGAAGCAAAAUUGUGAGGAAUUAUGGCCAAUCUCAAGGCUACAAGUCCAUCUCCAAAGACCUGAAUGUUCCUCUGUCUACUGUGCGCAGUGUCAUCAAUAAGGGUAAAGUGUGGCUAACCUCCCGAGAUGUGGACGGAAAAGAAAAAUUGACGAGAGAUUUCAACAAAGGAUUGUGCGGAUAAAUAACCUCGACUAACAUCCAAACAGGUUCAAGCUGUCCUGCAGUCCGAUGGUACAACAGUGUCAACCCGUACUAUCCGUCGACAUCUGAAUGAAAAGGGACUCUAUGGUAGGAUAGCCAGAAAGACCCCACUUCUGACCCAGAGACAUAAAAAAGCCAGGCUGGAGUUUGCCAAAACUUACAUGAGAAGCCAAAAACGUUUUAGAAGAAGGUUCUCUGGUCAGAUGAGACAAAAGUAGAGCUUUUUGGGUAAAAGGCAUAAACAUAGAGUUUACAGGGGAAAAAAACAAAGCCUUUAAAGAAAAGAACACUGUCCCCACAGUCAAACAUGGCAGAGGUUCCCUGAUGUUUAGGGUUGCUUUGCUGCUUCUGGCACUGGACUGCUUGACUGUGUCCAUGGUAUUAUGACGUCUGAAGACUACAAACAAAUUUUGCAGCAUAAUGUAGGGCCCAGUUUGAGAAAGCUAGGUCUCCCUCAGAGGUCAUGGGUCUUCUAGAAGUACAAUGACCCAAAACACACUUGAAAAAGCACUAGAAUAUUGUUUGAGAGAAAGCACUGGAGACUUCUAAAGUGGCCAGCAAUGAGUCCAGACCUGAAUCCCAUAGAACACCUGUGGAGAGAUCUGAAAAUGGCAGUUUGGAGAAGGCACCCUUCAAAUCUCAGAGACCUGGAGCAGUUAGCCAAAGAAGAAUGUUCUAAAAUUCCAGCAGAGCAUUGUAAGAAACUCAUUGAUGGAUACCGGAAGCGGUUGUUCACAGUUAUUUUGUCUAAAGGUUGUGCUACCAAGUAUUAGGCGGAGGGUGCUAAUACUUAUGUCCGGCCAAUUUUUGGAAUUUUGUGUAAAAUAAUAAUGAUUUUUUUCCCCCAUUCUCUUUUGUUUGCAAAUUAAAACUCAAUCUUUUGUGAAUGAUUGUUUUAUUUGCAAACCACACAUUUCAUUUGCAAACUACACUUAUUUCUCUUUUGAAUUAUUUGUACUUACAAACCACCCCUUUUUCUUUUUUGAAUGACACUUUUCAUUUGCAAACCACACUUUUUAACUUUGGCAUGAUUCUAACUCCAUACUUUUCUCUGUCAUCAACACAAAUUGCAUGAAUUGUUUGUUUGUUUUUAUGUUGGAUAUUGUGUAUUUUCCUUGCUGGUUCUGUCAGAGUCCAUCAAGACAAGACUCUGAGAACUGUAGGUGGUGCUGAAGUGAGGACAAGACACAAUUGCUCUGAUGAACUAUUAUUUUAAACACUAAUUUAAACACCGAUGGCUGGAUGGAGCCCUGGUGGCCAUUAUUCUUGCUUCAUACUUUUAUGCCAUUGGCGCAGGGCCGGCCCAGCCUAUACGCAGACUAUGCAGCUGCUUAGGGCCCCUGACCACUAGGGGGGCCCCAAUCUGGCAAUUGUUUAAUUUCUAUUCUAUUUUGUUUACUCCAGUUUGCUUUAUUUGACUUUUGUGA